GAUUCAGUCUCAGUGCGCUGUUGUCGCUGCGGUAGGCGCUUCGCUUGAAUUUUUUUGGUUAUGAGCACUAGACAAAAACAAAAACUUAUUUUUUUGCCUUUUUUUCGUUAAAUUUAAUAAAGUGUGGUGUGUGCGAGUGCAAGUGGUUUUUCCUGUUAUUGGAAAAUAUGGGAAAUUAUUCGGUGAUUGGCGGUGAAAGGGGAUGAGAGGACUGCAAGUGGCCGGGUGGCCUGAUGUCCCGAUGUCCGAAUGUCCUGGCCAUGAAUCGAGCCACGAAUCAACAAAUUAGGGGUUGUCCUGGUCAUGCGCGAGUGCUGCUCAGCGUGUGUGUGUGCUACACAGGGACAAUUUUGUAAUCCUUUUUAACGCCGCCCGCUCCUCGGACCACGCCCCCUCAGCCACCCGCCCAUCUACCCAGCAAAAUGGAGCAGCUGUGCUACCUGGCGCUGUGCGUCCUGCUGGCCAUUUUAGUUCUCUACGGGCUCCUGGAACUCCACUACUUCCUGCGUAUGUGUCUCUGUGUUCUGCUCGCGCGCUUCGUCAAGAGGCGUUGCCACAUCCUGGACGUUACGACGGUCAACGGACUCUGCCUUACCAACGACGUUGACACGUUGUUGUAUCACAUGAACAACGCUCGGUAUUUCCGAGAACUGGACUUUGCCCGCGUGGACUUUUACGAGCGGACCAAUCUAUACCGCACCAUUACAGGACUGGGAGGUUCUGUUUUCCAGGGGGCGGCCACCAUCCGCUACCGCCGCUUCAUCCGCCCCUUCCACCGGUUCAACAUUGUCUCGCGGAUAAUUUACUGGGACGAACAGUCGCUCUUCAUGGAGCACCGUUUCGUGCGUCCGAGCGACAAGUUUGUGCACUGCAUCGCCAUCUGUCGCCAGCGGGUGAUUGACGUGUCCAUGGAGGCGGUGAUGGCGGAGCUUCUGCCCAGGACCUCCUCGAACGGAUUCCGAGCGACGGCGUCGGCGUCGGCGUCGUUGGCUGCGCCUUCGGCCGCAGCCGGCGGCAUAAGCAACCCGGCGAUGGACACAUCGCUGGCGGAGAACGGACACGGCGCGAGUGGGGCGGCGACGGGAGCCCCGGCCCCGGCCCCGCCCCCGAGCACGGCGCACUGCGCCAAGCUGAAGCCCUCCCUGCCGCCGGAGCUGUCCAAGUGGAUCGAGUACAACGACAUGUCCAGCAAAAACCUGCGCAGCGGCUGCUGACUGGAGUCGCCAAGAGCGAAAGUGGAUGCGGAUGCGGGUGCGGAUGCGGAUGCGCAACCGGAAACGGAUAUUCCCAAAAACCCAUUUUUUUUUGUCUCGCGUGCUUGUGUGUGUGAGUGUGUGUGCGUGCGUGCGUGCUAAUGUCUAGUGUCUAAGUGUGCUCGUGGAACGCGUAAAUUGCAAGCUUAAAGUGUCUGAAAAACCCGCCCUCCUUUGGCCUUAACUAUUGUAUUGUACUGUAUAAUUACCCUUAGAUCAGCCACUCCCCCAACACAGAAGGGAACCCCUUGGUAGUCCACAGUGUGUAAGUAACGAUGUACAAUGAUUGUUUAGUAAAGUAACAAGAAAAUGUGAAAGGAUGAAA